GGUUUUGGGACAGAAAACAGAGAACGGAAGAAGUUGAAUGACAAAAUGGGAGGGAAUGAUAUCGCCGGAACGAUGAUGACCAAGAAGAAGAAGAAGAAGGGACGUCCUUCUCUCCUUGAACUCCAGAAACGUUCUCUCAAGCAGCAACAGCAACAGCAGCAGGAAUCCGCUAAUCUCACAAACCCUAAUUCGUUCAAUCCCAACCGCCGAUCCACUCGCCGGAAUCCCAAUUCUGACGGAUCCUCUCCCGGAGGAGGGGAGUCGAUUAACGCCGGCGGGGAUGACGACGAUGAGAGGCAGCGGAAGAAGCACAAGCUUUUGCUUGGUCUGAAUUCCAGAGGAAGGCAUUAUCCGAUUAACUCUGCAUCCCAUGGAUCCGAUUCUAAUUUGGACGGCGAUGAUCCCGAGGUAGCAGCGCUCAAGCGCCGCAAGAUCGGCGACGUUCCGCCUGGAUCUGAUCAAACGGGAGAAAAGGCUUCGAAAGCGACAGGCAGUCUUCAUGGGUCACUGGUGGAGUCUGGCCCCACGACACCUUUGUCAGACAAAAAGUUGUUGGUCUUCAUUCUUGACAGACUUCAAAAGAAGGAUACUUAUGGGGUGUUCUCUGAUCCGGUGGAUCCUGAAGAGCUUCCUGAUUACCAUGACAUUAUUGCAAAUCCGAUGGAUUUUAGCACAGUGAGGAAAAAACUUGAUGCAGGAGCUUAUACAACCUUGGAACAAUUUGAGAAAGAUGUAUUUUUGAUAUGUUCGAAUGCAAUGCAGUACAAUUCACCAGACACUAUUUACUUUCGACAGGCAAGAUCAAUACAAGAGCUGGCUAAAAAGGAUUUUGAGAAUUUGAGACAAGAUAGCGAUGACAGUGAACCGCAGCCAAAAGUUGUGAAGAGAGGUAGACCACCAGGAAAGAGCAUUAAAAAAUCAUUGGAAUCAUCUUCUUUGGAUCGCAUUGGUUCUGAAUUUUCAUCAGAUGCAACCCUUGCUACUGGAGGGGAUGCUGCCAACUGGUCAAGUAGUUUGAGGAAAGGAACUAAUUCGUACAAUCUCCGGCCUGCUGAGGUAUUGAUCAGGACUUCAUAUGGUAUCCACAACCAUGAGACUCAUGGCAAUUUAUCAUCAGAAUGGGAGAAUGAAUUUCCAGCCUCUGUUGUGAGGGCUGUGAUGAAGUACGGAAUGAAACAUUUUCCAGUAGAUGAGAAUAAGCGUGACACCUAUAACCAUUCAUUGAAUUCUGGAGAUGAACAAUCUCUCUUUGGCACAUUGAAUGGACGAUCUAAACAAUUAAUUCCGGUUGGUCUAUAUGAGAAUGGAUAUGCAACAAGUUUGGCACGAUUUGCUGCAAAUCUUGGGCCUGCUGUUUGGGAAAUUGCUUCAAAGAAGAUUGAAAGGGUUUUGCCAACUGGGCUCCAGUUUGGUCCUGGAUGGGUAGGAGAAGUCAGAGGCAACGAGCAGCAGCAGUUCAUAAAUUCUGAAAAGGAGAAAUCUUCAAACAACUCUCUACCUGAUAACCAUUCAACCAGACAUUUUUCUCCAGCUACUUCAGGCUCAAACUCUGCUCUAGCUAAUCGAUUUCCUUCCCAAGGUGGAGAAGAUGCGGAAACUGCCAGAGGACUAAAUUCCCAAAGUGAGUUGAGUUCACCAUACAAUAGAGUUGGCAAGACAAAACCUCUACCACCUUACCAUUUUCAGCAAAGACCUGCACACUCUGAUAUGAAUGGUCUUUGUGGUGGAUAUGGGGUAAAUCCUUCUUCUCAAAUAGGAAUGGUAACACCAACAGGGAAUUGCAGGCCCAGCAAUCCUACAGUUACCUCUCAAAUGUUUGGCAUGAUUUCAGAUGGCAUCCCUUCUUUUAGUCCGAUGCCUGCAGAUAAUUCAGGCAGAUUACACUCUGGCAAUAAAAUGGCCCUAAACUCUGACUCAGCAUCACAUACAGCAACUGAUGUUCAGGUUCAGCUUCAUGGGAAAGCAUCAGGGCAAGGAUUAUCACCUUAUGGUAAACAGGACUUCCAUCCAUUUCCUCCUGAUCUAAACGUGAGAUUCCUUGCACCAAGCUCUCCCAGUUCGUCUAGUCUGCGUAUUGGUUCACCCCAGCAGCCGGAUCUGGCAUUGCAGCUCUAAUAAUAGAUUGCAGCUCUAAUAAUAGAUUGCAGCAAUUCAAUUAAACAUUAAGGCAAUUAAACAUUAAGGCAAGCACAUUAGUAGGAUUUUUUUCUUAUAUAUUAACUACAUUGUUGGGCCAUAUGCUCCACCUUUCUGAUAUGAUGGUUUACUGAGUAGCAGUAACUCAAGGAGUCAUAAGAUGAGAUUGUAGGAGAGAUACUGUACAGAUUGAUCUGUCUGUAUUUUUUUUUUUUUUCCUUAGGGUUAAAAUCACAGGUGUUCCAUCCACAGGUAGUGGCUCAUAUGGCAAAAGGCACCUGAGCACUCCCUAAUGGAUACCUAGAUGGGCAGUUUGAAUUUGCUUUCUCCCAUCACCUGGAACCCCUGUAACCCUAAAUAGGAAAAAAAAAAAAAAAUCACAGGUGUUAAAUUUGAUUUCUUUUGAACAGUCCUCAAUAUGUCAUACAUGACUUCUUGGUACUUAGAUAUUUUAUAAAAUAAUAUACCCAUAAUCUUUCU